AGCUGUCGCGCUGUGUGUGUGUGUGUGUGUGUGUGAGAGAGAGAGUGUGUGUGAGUGUGUUUCACCGAUGGAGUCGAACAGUACUGCGUACGGAGCUUCUCUCGCCGGAGCGGGAUUCGAUCUCAUCAAAUUCAUCAAACAGCCUCAAACCAUCAUACGGUUCCUCAGCUGGGUGUUCUCCAUCGUGGUGUUUGCGACCAUAACUGCUGAAGGUUACAUGAACAGCAAUGUUGGAUCCCAGGUGAAGUGUGUCUUCAAUGACAAUGAAGGAGCCUGUCAUUACGGCGCGGGCAUCGGCGUCAUCGCCUUCCUGGCCUGCUUCGCCUUCCUAUUGGCUGAUGCACUCUUGCCUUCGAUGAGCAAUGCUCAGGAGAGGAAGUACAUAGUGAUGGCUGAUCUGGGCUUCUCAGCUGUCUGGACGUUCCUGUGGUUUGUGUGUUUCUGUCUCAUGGCGGAUCAGUGGUCAAAGACCCACGACAGCAAGGCCAUCCAUAAAGACGCCGUCCAUGCCGUCAUCACCUUCUCCUUCUUCUCCAUCGGGUCGUGGGGAGCGCUGACGUACUUCGCCCUGAUAAGGUUUCGUCAGGGUGUUAAGGACGUGACCCAGAACUACGCCGAUCCGCCAGUGGAUCCUACAUCAGUGUAUCCUGAAACAUACACGCCCACCACAUUCCCGUCCUUCCAGAACAAUGGUCAAGAAAUCUUCCAGCAGCCGCCCAUCUCACCGAACCCUGACCCAUCCGGCCAGAGCAGCUACAAGCCGACCGACUACUGACCUCUGACCUGCACAGAAACCUGGAACAUGACAC